AUACUAAUAAUUAUGAUGGGUGGCAUCGAUCGAUCGAUCGAUCAUGUCUAUAAAUGCAUACACAUUACAUAGAGUGUCUUCUUAUGAAUUCUCCAUAUUGAUCACACCCUAACCCUAACCCUAACCCUAAAUGAUAAAUUUGCAGCUGAUCUAAUCUUAAUCUGAUCAAUCGAUCAUCGAGAGAUGUCGAGCAGUGGUAGUGUUUGUGUCAAGGAAGCUGUUCUGAUUCCGCCGUCGGAACCUACGCCGAAUCACACUCUCCGCCUCUCCGCCUUGGAUUCUCAGCUUUUCCUCAGAUUCACGUUCGAAUAUUUGCUCGUCUACGAGCCACGCGCCUCCGUCGACAGGGCGGCACUCGCCCAGAAUUGCAAGGCGGGAUUGGGACGGGCCCUCGUACCGUACUACCCGCUCGCCGGCCGGGUCAGGAAGCGGCCGGAGGGUGGGGGACUGGAGGUGGUCUGUCGUGCGCAGGGCGCUGUUUUCAUUGAAGCGGUUUCGGGAUCGACGGUGGCGGAAUUCGCCGGAGCGCCACGCCGCGGCGGCGCGCAGUGGAGGAAACUGUUGUCGGUACACGUGGAGGACGUCCUACAGGGAGCCCCGCCCCUCGUCGUCCAGAUGACGUGGCUGUCGGACGGAGGCGCCGCGCUGGCCGCCGGCUUCAACCACUGCCUCUGCGACGGCGUCGGCAGCGGCGAGUUCCUCAAAGUGUUUGCUGAGCUGGCAGCCGGCGAGUCAGGAAUCAGCGAGUUGAACCCGCAACCGACCUGGAACCGGCACCUCUUGGACCCCCCGAGUCCGAUCCGGUCCGGCCGAGUCAAUUUCAAACCGGGGAGCCAUCCCGAGUUCCGGCCGGUUCCCGAUGUGUCGGAGUUCGCGGCUCGCUACGCAGAAGAGAGAAUGAUUCCGACGUGCAUUACGUACGACGAAAAUGGAAUCAAAGAUCUGAAGAAGCUGAGCCGAUCGCCCCCAGCCCAAACGACGUCGUUCGAGGCGGUCGCCGGCCAUGUAUGGCGGAGCUGGUCGCGAUCGCUGCGUCUGCCGGCGAAUCAGAUCGUGAAACUCCUCUUCACCAUCAACGUCCGGCAGCGAGUCAGCCCGAAUCUUCCCAGCGGUUACUACGGGAACGCCAUCGUCUUGGGCUGCGCGGAGGCGCGUGCGGCGGACCUGGCAGAGAAAGGGCUGGAGCACGCGGCGGAGCUGGUGCGGCGGGCGAAGGAGCGGGUCGGGGAUGCGUACGUGAGAGAGGUGGUGGAAUGCGUGAGUUCCGGCGGCGGAGCGGGUAUUGUGGACUUGGUGGGCGCGUUGGUACUGACUCAGUGGACCACGUUGGGGCUGGACACUCUGGAUUUUGGGAUGGGGAGGCCGCUUCAUGUGGGCCCACUCUGCUACGACCGCUACUGCAUGUUGUCGCCGGCGCCGGCGACGGGGCGGAGGAGGGCGGUGAAGGUCAGCCUGGCGGUGCCGGCCACGGCCGUCGACGAUUACCUGUACUUUUUGAGGAACCCGCAGAGGCAGUGCCAGAGGAGGUGAGUAAUCGGGCCGUAGCCUAUGUAGGCCCACAUAUUAUAUUAGGCUAUUUGUUGAUUUAAUACUUCUCAUUAUGGGCCGAUUUUGGUUAUGGGCUAUCCAUGGAAUUUAUGAAGUUAUAAGUUAAAAUAAUAUUCCAUUUGCCAUUUGUUUAAAUGUUUGGGUAUAAAUUAUAAUAAAAGUUUAUAAUAAUAAUUA